AUGGGUCGUCGGAGGUUUUCGCAAUGCGGUACGACCUGCGGUACGGCGGCUGGCACGAAAGCCUCAGGAGGAACCACUCUCUUACAUGAUAUUCGGCCGUCAUGGUCAAAAGUAUGUUCCUAUCUCAUCGAGGAACGGCUGCAUGUCAUAGCAUGCAACGCCCGGGGAUAUCAUUCUGCUACCAAGAAUUUUUUCACGAUAUCGCCAGUGACGGUGCCCAUUCUUCCCGACGGGUUACGUAUGAAAAUUCUGCUGAAAAAAGACGAACCUCGUGUGAAGUACCAGUUUGACCGAAACAUGUUGCUCACUGCGAAGCCACGUCUCGACCCGUCUAAGAAAACUGGACGUAUAGCUUGUCAUUCCGUGCCCUGACAACAUCGUCACCGCACAACGUCAAAGGACGAAUCAGAGAAUGCUGUAUCUGUCCAGAAGGUUGUCUCGGUAUCACCUGGUGCGUGGGCCGUACCAGUCCGAUCAAUCAAACCGCCAAUUAUUAUGUAAGUGCGGUGUAAAGUGGACGGGCUGCCGCC